AUUUCCUUCAAAAUCAAAGCCGCAUAUCUCAUUUCAGUCUCUGAGAAAACCGAAGGCCACGCGCCGCCGUCAUCGUCGAUGGGUGUGCUUAGUAGGAAAGAGAAGAAAAGCGCAGACUCGUCGUCAUCUUCUUCUUCAACAUCUCCUUGUGCAAAUUUCAAAGCCGCUUAUCACAAUUGCUUCAACAGAUGGUAUUCAGAGAAGUUCGUGAAAGGUCAAUGGAGCAAGGAGGAGUGCGUAUCGGAGUGGCAGAAAUACAAAGCUUGUCUCUCUGAACACUUGGAUGAUAAGCAUCUCAGUCGAUUUUUGGAGGCUGAGAAUUCGGUGGAACAUUUUGCUCAGCCUCGGCGGAGAACUGAACCAAGAGCUCUCUUUCUUUAUCAUCAAUCCAAUCACUGUUCGAGACCCAAGAUCCUAUUUUAUCAUCAAUCCAAUCACUGUUCAUAUUUUUUCUUUUUCUUAACCAUGGAAAGGUCUCUUUAUAUAAAAUCUGUAUAUAUUUUCGUAAUAAAUUAUGAUGAUUUUUUUUUUAUAAUUUUUUAUUUUUUUUGUUUAUUUUUAUUUGUACAACUAAAUGGGUCCCAAUAAGGAUUUCUCCCAAUUAUC